AUGGCCGUUGUACGUCUCCCUCUGGCCUUCUACGACGCGAAUGUGUUAUCUCUGAGUGCUUAUUGUGACAACAGAUGGUACAAAUUCUGCGCCGAGCAUACACUCAUUAUCUUGAGAACCCGCCUAGAGCCGAGGUGGUACGUCAUCUGCUGUGCCUGCAAGAGCCGAAACAUCGUUCUGAGUCUGCAUACAGGCGAUGAGCUCGGAAAUCCACGCCGGUGGGAAACCACGGCUGCUCGCCGGGAGAAAUUUCUGGAAGAAGAGUGGGGCUGCUGGUCGAUGAGUUCGCUGCCGCAGGUGCGCGCUCCUGCUUCUUCUCCUCUCGCUGAGAACGCUCGUUCAUCCGCUGACGUCUCCUUGCCCCUUCGUCACACGCCCCGCCGGCCUACUUCUCCGCCGACCAGCACCGGCAUACAGACAGAGACCCCGCAGAGCGCGGUCCCAGUUUCGCACAUUGCCUCGUGCCUAUCACUUUUGCAUUGUCGCGUCGAUCUCACGCGCCUACACUUGCCUGGCUUCGGACAGUCUGACCCAUCAUCUGCCCAUCGCCGAGCGCCCGCCUGCUCAUGCACCGUCCUGAAUUCUCAGCCUCGCUCUGCUCCCCGAGGUCCACUGACGAGUCCUGAAGAAUAUUUACAAGCACCUCGGUUGUCUCUGUCAUCCGAACGGGCUGGAAGACCUGAGGCCGAGUGCGCGUGGCCACCCAAGGAUUGUGCGGAGCUCUCCCUUCUCCAGCUCCGUUAUUCGGGCCUCACCUCCUUGGUUCGCGACCCCUUCGCCGCUUUUUAG